UCAUUAGUAAAGGCAGAUGACGAUUCAAAUGGGGAUAAAGACAGACAAGGAGAGUGAGAGAGGAGAGAUCAUUGUAUGAGAAGAGAGGCUAAUGAUUCCAGCAUUAUUAAUAUAUUUUUUAUUUUUCGGUAUCGGCAUAUACUGUAGCUACUUUUGCGAGUCCAUUAACGGGAUGGGUGGAUGAAUUUUCUUUCCUUUACGUUUUGUGAGUUACAGAAAGAAGUGGGGGACCUUUCAAAUUAAAAAAAAAAAAAUUAUAAGAAGAGUAGCGAAAGAGACGACAAGAGAGGGAAAUUGCUGUGCCAUCUAAAUGUAGAGAGUUUCCAGUUUUUGUUGUUUUAACUUUCCUUGUAGAGAUUUGGACAGUGUCUCUUCACCAUGGCGGGCAGGUGGAACCUCCUGAUACUCGCUCUCUCCCUCUCCCUCUCCCUCGCCAUGUCGCUGGAGUGCCCUCCAGGAUUUAGCUUUGAGAAGCAAAAAUGCAUUGAUUAUGAUGAAUGUUCUAAUGAUGAGGACUAUCCUGAAGAGGUCGGGCCAUGUGGAGAGAAUGCGGCCUGUUUCAACACGUUUGGCAGCUUCUACUGUCAAUGUGCGGAGGGUUUCAGAUCAUCGACAGGGAAUAGGAAUUUUUCAGCUGUAACAUUUGCAAUAUGUAAAGAUAUCAAUGAGUGUUUGGUGGACAGUGGCAUCUGUGGACUUAAUGCCAAAUGUUUCAACACAAUGCCACAUUAUUCCUGCAUUUGUGAUGAAGGAUUCAUUUCCACUAACGGAGUGGAACGUUUUCGCCACGGUGACAACGUUACAUGUAAAGAUGUUGAUGAAUGUCGAGAGGAAAAGGUUUGUGGUCAGAAUGCAACAUGCGUCAACACACCAGGCAGUUAUCACUGUGUCUGUAAUGAUGGCUUUGGACUGAAAUCUGGCAAAUCUAACUUCUUUGGCAAUCAGGAGCAAUGUGAAGACAUAUGUAUGAUUGAUACGACAAUCUGCGGAAAUGGAACCUGCCACCGUGUAGCCAGCGGCCUUGACUGUGCAUGCCACGCAGGGUUCACUAACUAUGGCAACAAAGGCUCUCGCUGCACUGCGUUAAACUGUGAUAUAUUCAAAGAUAUGAAGAAUCUGACGGAGAAAUUUCCCGUUGCCCAUGAUCUCAUGAUGCAGUUGAAAAAGAACUGUCUGGAGCUCACAGAAAGUGAGAAUCCAACAGAACUGGAUAAAGAGGACCCACUGACGAGACUGUUGUCUGUGAUCGACAAGUUGUUGUCCAGUGGAGCCAUUAAUGAUAACACGAAAGUCUCCACCUUUCUGUACAUGGUGGAGGAACUUAUGAGGUUCAUAGGACCUUUCAUGAAGCCCCCUGGGACAACAAGAUUCUCCACUCACACGGAUGUGCAGCUGCUGCUACAUAAGGGGGCUGAUUUACCCCAGGGAGCUGUUACUUUAUCAUCUAAGGCUAAACAAUCUCGGCUGGACAUCCUGUUGGAGACAGCCGCUGGAGAUCCCUCCUAUUACCCUGGCUUUACAACGGUGUCUUUGCUGAGCUAUGGAAACCUGGAAGACUUUGCAGAUGGCUUCUUCAGUGGGAUGAAAUCUCAAGUGGAGAAAAGCUACAAGAUCAACUCUAAAGUUGUGACUGUCACUGUCAGUAACAGAAACACAAGCCACCUUAAAGAGCCAGUCAAUUUGACUUUAUACCACCUCACAAAGACAAAUGAAUCCAACCACACAUGCGUGUUCUGGGACUCCUCAGUGGAAGGAGGGUCAUGGUCUGCUCGUGGCUGCAAUGUGGUGAAGUCCACACCUGAAUACACUGUGUGCUCCUGCAACCAUCUGAGCAGCUUUGCUGUGCUCAUGGCACUCUAUGAGAUAGAGGACAAGUUUGAGUUGCAGCUGAUCACCUGGGUGGGUCUGUCCCUUUCACUAUUGUGCCUGUUCAUCUGCAUCCUGACGUUCUCGUUGAUCCGCUCCAUCAAAAGCCCAAGAACUACCAUCCACCUGCACCUGUGCAUCUGCCUCUUCAUUGCCACCCUUAUCUUCCUUGCAGGCAUCUCUCGUACGGGAAGCCGGGUUGGCUGUGCAGUGGUGGCAGGGCUGCUGCAUUUCUUCUUCCUGGCAGCAUUUUGCUGGAUGUGUCUAGAGGGCAUACAACUCUUCAGGAUGGUAGUCCUGGUCUUUAACACCAGCUUUAAAACCCUCUACAUGAUGGCAGGUGGCUAUGGAGUCCCAGCUGUUAUUGUUGCAGUUUCUGCCUUAGCUAAUGCCAAGGGAUAUGGCACAGAGAAACAUUGUUGGUUAGACCUGAAAUCCAUUUGGAGUUUCUUUGGUCCUGCCUGCGUCAUCAUUAUUGUAAACAUUUUCUUCUUUCUCAUCACUGUGUGGAAGUUGGCACAGAAGUUUUCAAGUUUAAACCCUGACCUGGAUAAUCUGCAGAAAAUAAAGACGUUCACCAUUACUGCAGUGGCUCAGCUGACUUUGUUGGGCACCAUGUGGAUCUUUGGUUGUUUCCUGUUUGAGGGGAGCAAUAUAAUCAUAUCGUACCUGUUCACCAUCUUUGGCAGCUUUCAGGGGGUUAUGCUCUUCGUCAUGCACUGUCUGUUUUCUAAACAGGUGAGGGAAGAAUAUGGUAACAUCCUGUCCAGAUGCUGUGCACCUCGGAAGAAGAGCUACUCAGACUUAAGUUACUCGCACACCAGCAAAGCUCAUGCAUCCAAGAGCACCCAGGACACAGGAGAGUCUCGCAUCUGAGGAGCUAAACAGUGACUGGGAACAAAGUCUGAUGUAUUUCUGCCAUCUAAGACCAAUGGCCAACUACUGCCAUGUCGUUUGUAGUCAGUGCACCCGUUUGCUUCACUGCAAAAUGUUGUAAAUAGUCAUUUACAUUUUGCUAUUGAGAUGUUCUUUGUAUUUUAAGCUAUUUAAAAGGGAAAUGUUGAUUGUUAUAAUUUAAUACAAAUGAUAAUUGUAUGAAGACCUGUUUUAUCAGGUACAUCUAAUAUGGCUUGUCGUGUUAUCCAGGUACUUCAACCGGCAAAGACAAGAGACGAGCACUUUUUUCUGUAGAACUUGUCCAGCAUAUUUAAAUCUAUAUUAUCUAAAUGUGACCAACACAAAGAAGGACAAUUAUGAUAUUUGUAAUGUAUGUUUGUGUAUAUAUUGCUGGGCAAUUUAGUAUGUAUUAUAGUAAGUGACUGCAUUACUGCUCCAUUCUGCGUUCUGUAACAUGUUAAAUGUAUUAUAUCUAUAUUUCAAAAGAGUUUUUUAUUUCAAAGCUUGAAUGUUCAAAUAUAACUUUUGUUACUAUUGUGUUUUAUAAUAUUUGUACUGUUGUAAGCACUGGUUUAAGCACAGGUUUGGACUUGCUGUUUGAUGUUUGCUCAAAAUAAUCUUCUUUUGUUCUGUAUUUCCGAUUUACAUUUUUUGUCUUUCAAAGUUUGAUGUAUUUGAAAUUGUACUUGUUAUGCCUCUCCUGAAAGCUUUAAAUUAAAUAAAUAUUAUGUACCUCAUGUUUAA